UUCAUACACACCCUACGAGGAUACAAAAAAAGGCGGAUUUUCACCAGAUUGAGAUUAAAUGAAUCCAGUCUCAAUUUUGUAUUAACUAAAAGAGGUGGAGGGAACAGACGAACAUACAGUAACUUCUCCGGCGAGCCUGAGUGAAUUGUUUGAAGCAUGAUGAACAGUUUUCGAGCUAGUUUCAAAAGGGAUGAUUCAAAGGUGAAGGCGCUGGAAUGGAGCAGUUCAAAAGGAAAGGACUCAAAGGAGUCGAUCUUGGACAUCGAUGAUGCUCCCAUUAACCGCUGCUCCAAACAACACGAGAAGACAUAUCAGGAAUGGUUCGCCUGCGCUGAUUCAGAUGGAGAUGGACGCAUCACCGGAAACGACGCCACGAAAUUCUUCGGCAUGGCCAACUUGUCUCGUCAGGAUCUUAAGCAGGUUCAGUUACAAAAUUCUUUAUCUAUUCGAUCAUAA